AUGACUCUGCACCUGAACACAGAAGAUGGACCGAUGCUGGAUCUCGAGGAUCUUUUAUCUGAUGUCCUACCUAACGCCGAAGAGACUGUCUGCGCAGUCGUCGAGGUGCACGAGAAGCAGCCCAGUUCGACACUUCCGUUACGACUAGCUACGUCCGACAGAACAGCAAACACUCUACGCGUUCGCGUCAUCACUCCGGAGUUGGCCCAGUCCAAUACUGAAGCUAUACCCCCAAGAUCGACGCACGUGCCGACCACCUGCACUCUGCAGCAACUGAAAGGCCUCGUUCAAGAACACUUGGGUUUCCCUACUGAGGAUGGCGACUGCCCUGAGCUAGAGUGCAACUGUAGCCUGGCUCGACAAAUCGACGACAAUGCCAUCCUCAACGUCAACGGAUCUGGGGACCACGACGCUCUCCAUACGGUCAUUCUCGUCCACUCAAACAACAUUGUGACCGCCAUCCCCGUCGGUGAUAUCACGCUUAGUGCCAUUCAGCAAGCAACGAAGGAAUACAUGGAGCACACGCAGAACCAAAGCCUGGCCAACAAGUAUGUGAACGUCGUCAACGGCAUUGAGGAUACUAGCAUCCGGACCUCAGGAGACAGGAAAUUCCUCAAAGCUCCGGUCAUGGCCAUCUGCUCGAAGCAAUGCCAUUCCCAUCGCCAAGGUCGAAAGGAAAAUUCCGAAGAUGACGACGAUGACGAAGACACUGCAGCCCAUCGAGAUCUAGUCGUCGACGUACACACAUCAGAGUGUCCAAUCGAGAUCACCGCACACAACGCCAAUAUCACGAUCGAGGCGGCCGGAUUAGAAGAUUGCGCCGUCAAUGGUGUACUCAACAUCUACGCCGUACAACGAUGGACACUAGGUCGCAAUGAGCGCGUCGAUCAAGGCAAAGCUGGCAUCUUCAAGGAGUCGGAAGCAUGGAAGCAUCAUGUUGGCCAGACUGACCGUGGAAUAGCCAGCAUGCUGUCUACAUUGCGCGUGUUCACUGAGCUCACCGCAAAUGGAAGCAUGGACGACGAUCGACGAGACGCCGUGCUUCAUAUGGUCCAUCUCCUGACACAAUUCCCCCCCGCUAUCCGAGCUGCACAUAUCCUAAUGCGCGGCGAGACUCCAGGACUUCCGGAACGUGCUGCGCUGGCACAAUGUCUUUACGAGAUCUUGAAGAAUGUUGUCCCGCUGCAAACCAUCCGCUCCGAUCCAAAGCGGUUUUUCGAAGGAUCUCGUCUGCUAUUCGGUCUGAUAUUGGAGAAAGCCAAACAAAUGAAAAUCACCACUGAGAACGCUGGGCUACCGUAUAUUGGUAUGAAAGUUUACGACCUACGAAACCUGACCACGAUGCAGCCCGUACUAUCACAGCCGGUGCAGACAACAUCCGGUCUUGUCGAUGCGGGGUUCCACGAGGCUUUUGUCGAGCAAGGACUUUUGUGUUGGACAGAUGGUGACAGUUCGAAGCGAACAUCGACAGUCGACCAAACCUGGGACCGCAUUGCUAAAGUAUCUGGUGGUACGAAGAACCAAGUCUUAGUGUUCAAUUACGACGUCGUCAGGUCUAGCUCUCGCUAUGUGGACGGUGGUGACAUCAACAAGAUCAUUUCGCCUGCGGAGUACGUUGAUCUCACAUAUCUGGCCAACCUCUGCAGCCGAAACCAACUGAGCGUCACACCGCCCGCCAAUCUAGCCUCUGCCUCUGCUCCCGUCUUGACUCUAGACAGAAAUGGCUUUCUUGCGGUAUACGUGGGUCGUGCCGGUUGUGCUGAGGCAGGGAGAGAUAUCCUCCUGUUUCGACCAGGAUGUGCUGAAGAAGAAGAAGCAGUGGACGUUUCGAUCAUUACUCAGUUGCUAGAACCCAUCCUCACCCAGCGGAAGGCUGACGGGACCAUCGUCUUCGAGUCAUAUGGCGAUAAUCAUCGCAUGAUGACGGCACCGGACGAAGUGACUAUGAUCUGCGUCGACUUGAGCGCAAGCAUGAAAGACCGCUGUGGUUUCGACGACGUGCAAACAAGCGAGGAUGCCGACAUGGUGAUCCGGCGAGCGACACCGACCACAGUAGCCGCUUCUCAAAUGCCACCAGUGGAGAACGAUGCUUUCGAGUUACCCGACGUCGAUGCACUGAAAGAGUACAUGAAGUCUCACGAAUCGUACACGGACUUUCUGGCUAUCAUUGCCACGGGAAAGGAUGACUACCACCGCCGUCAAAACGCUGAGAAGGUGCUCGAGAUCCUCAAGCAAUUGGACGAUCAGCAAUUAGAAGCGAAACGGACACAACUGGAAACUCUCAGGCAGCAAGCCAGUCAAUGGUAUUAUCGAACCGAAUUCGAAAUCAUCGAUCGCGAGAUCAACGUUCUCAACAAUCGCUCCCUACGCUUGCAAAAGUAUAAGAGCCUGCUUUGUGCAUGGCUGAUUGUCUGCCUUGGUAAUGCGUCAGCGUCAGACCCCUUGAUGUGGAGGCCGGGCGGAGUCAUACCAAAGCUGUACAAGUCUCUUCCUCCAACAGACAGCCCCACAUUCGAAGUGCCGCGCGACUUUUCCUGUCCUAUCAGCAACGACGUGAUGCAAGACCCUGUGACUACCGUGGACGGGUUCACAUACGAGAGGAAAGAGAUCGAAAGAUGGCUUCGGACCAACGAACGGUCGCCGUGCACGAAUUUAAUCCUUCCCAGCAAUGACCUACGGCCCAACGUGCAGAGAAAAGAGCAAAUCAAUGCAUAUCUGAACGGUACAGACAUCUUCGAAAAAUCACCACUUGAGACGCGCUCAAUGGACGUACCCCACAACCUGGAGGCGGUAGACCUAUGGGAACUUGCCUUCCGUUUGACUAAAGGCCGCUACACGAGCUAUGAGCUACAACAUCGAAAUGCUCGAGUUCAAGCUACCCGAGAACCUAUCACGGACAUGAUCAACACAGCUCAUGAGGUGUACAUCACGCCUCUAGAACCGACGGUAUCAAACAAGAGCAGCGAUAUCCAAGAGCUGUGUCUCGUCAAGGUCUACCAUCACAGCGACUACAAAAACAGCGUGGUGUCUUACUGGUUACCCAAACAGACAACAAACUCUCUAGCAUCUACGGUGUUCAAAUACUAUCGUCAGAGAUUCAUGAACCGCUCAUCAUGCCCUGUGGGGCCGCCUUUCUUCUUCUGGACGAACUUACAGAACACUGGAGACGGUCACCACACUGGUAGCACGGAGGAUCACUGGGAGCCGAUAUCACAGUUCUUCAACAACGAAAGUUGUACCGGUAAAUUGGAGGAAGAGGAUAUGAUAGACGACUUCCUCCAUGACGAUGAUUCAGACGAUACUGGUCAUGGAGACACAGCACGGGGUAAUCACCCUUUGGUUUUCAAGAUAGGUCUGGGACGGCAGCCAGGCAACCGUAAAUGGAGGUACCGCAACACACUGAGCCGCUUGGACGUUUUGAAACAGAUGUUCGAUGCAUACGUAAAUCGUCUGCUCGCAUACAACUUCCGGACACAUCUCGGUUUGGUUACUUUCAGCACCAAAUCCUCUGUUACACAGAAGAUCACCCACGCCGUUGAAAACUUCCGUCAUAAACUCAACAACACAACAGCUGCGGGCGAUACGGCCAUUUGGGACAGCAUUGCUCUCGCACAGGAUCAGCUGCAGGAGUACGCCAAGCAAUACCCAAAUGCGAAGCUGAGAGUCAUAUGCAUCUCCGACGGGGAAGACAACCGAUCCAAAAACAAGGCUCAUAGCCUACCGACACGACUACUGCGCGAUGGCAUCGUAGUCGACUCGUUUUGCUUGGGUGCCGGUAUCAAGAAUGCCGAUCUCAAGAGAAUUUCGUUCCUGACUGGCGGAUACGUCUUUCAACCCAAGACUCUGGAAGCAGCUAUGGCGAUCUGUGAGAUGGAACCCGUACUUUCCUUGUCAGAGCGCCCAGAUAGAUCCCACAAAGGUUCUAUCUUUCGUCGCGCUUAUCUCGCAGCCCCCGAUAUUUACAACUUCCGUGUCGCUGACCUCAUGGGUAAGGUUGAGCAAGUCAGCCGCGACGAAUUCCCGGAUCGCAAGCAGCAUCCACAGCUCGCAGAGUCGUUCGUGGAGCUGGGCUUAUUUAACCGAAGUUCGUCCAUCAGUCGCACCGACAGCAAUGUGCGUCUCAGCAGGAUACAUAACGAGAUUCGUAACUCAGGCGCCAAGCCGCACCCGCACUACGACGUCUAUAUCUGCGAAUCGAACAUGGGACUCUGGAAGAUUGUCAUGCAAGGACCGCCCGAUAGUACGUACUCCGGUGGUACUUUCCUCCUGUACUUGGAGAUGGGCGACAAAUACCCGAUGUCACCACCAGAAGCACGCUUCAUCACGCCCAUAUACCAUCCAAAUAUCAACCGUCAUGGACGCAUCUGCCAUUCGAUUCUAGACCGCAACUGGACACUAGAUACUUCUACCAAAGACGUGAUCGAUACCAUCUACUCGCUUCUGCUUGUGCCGGAGUUCAGCGACCCCAUCAAUACUGUCGUCACUCUCAACUAUCACUGGGACGAGGUGCAGUUCAAGGAAGAGGCGCAGCGCCAUAUCGAGAAGCAUGCAAGUAAGAGCAGGGCUGCUUGGCGUGGCGAAAUUGUCGGCUAG